AUGCGGCCAGCACUCUGCGCGGCCGCCCUCACGCCCCUUUUUCUGUUUCUGGGACCCGCAUUCGCGCAACCUUCAUUUUCUCCGGCGAGCAUCCCCCUCGCGGUGCGGUCCCCAUACCUCAACAUGUGGCACGCGGCUGCGAACGGGUCUCAGCCUCUCAAUAACGCCUGGCCGACGUUCUGGUCGCAGACUGGCCCCGACUGGGGCUGGAGAGGGCAGAUCAGGAUCGACGGCGCGGUGUAUACAUGGCUCGGGGCGGACAGCAGCGGGAGCGUGGUUCCGAACGUGGUCAGCACCGAGGUAACCCCCACGAGGAGCGUGUUCGUGAUGCAGGCGGGGCCGAUGAACCUCACAGUCACGUUCUUGUCGCCUGUUGAGCCAUCGGAUUGGGUCAAGCAGUCUCUCCCGUUUUCGUACCUCGCGAUAGAAGCGAGCACCCUCGACAGCAAGCCGCAUUCUGUCCAGGUGUAUUCGGCUAUCACCGGAGAAUGGCUGUCAGGCAAUGCGUCAGCUCCGGCGAAUUGGACGUCCACGUCGUCCGGAAGUAGCGUCUAUCACGGGUUCAGCCUGAUCAGUCCUCAGCCAUUCGUGGAGCAGAACGACCGCGCGCUGGACGGAACGGUGUACUUUGCCGCACCCUCCGUUCCUAGUCUCACAUGGCAGUUGGAUCAAGCCGCGGCGGUGAACGCAAGUUUCCAUUCUCUGGGACAUCUACCGAACACCCACGCCACCGGCCCCCUCUCAUUCCCUUUGGAUGACCUGGUUUCGGCCUUUUCCUUCGACCUCGGCAGCAUCAUCUCGACCCCCGAGCCCGUGUCGUGGACAGUGGGCUACGUCCGCGACCCCACGAUCCAGUACACGACCUCGUCCGGGGCAGUCCAAGAGCGCGUGCCGUACUACACCACCGUGUACCCCGACAUCUCCAACGCGAUCGACGCGCUGACGACCGACUUCCCCGCCGCGCUCAAGCGCGCGAUCGCGCUCGACACCAAGAUCGCCGCAGACGCCGGUGAGGCGGUCUCGCCCGAGUACGCGCAGCUCGUCGCGCUGGGCACGCGCCAGGCGCUCGCGAGCGUGGACAUCACCGUCGCGCGCGGCGACGGCGGCGCGGCGGACGUGAUGGCGUUCAUGAAGGACGUCGGGACCUCUGGCCGCGUGAACCCGGUGGAGGGAAUCUACGCGGCAUUCCCGGCGUUCUUGUAUCUGAACGCGUCGCUGGCGGGGGCCUUGCUCGCCCCGUUGCUCGAAUCGCAGUCGAAGAUGGACGGAGCGCCGUACGCCGUCCAAGACCUUGGGGCGCAGUAUCCCGUCGCUCCUGGAGGGCGAGGCGCGGCAGUACAGGGCGUGGAACAGUCGGGCAAUAUGCUGAUCAUGAUGCUUGCGCACGCGCGGAUCUCUGGCUCUGGUUCUCUGCUUGCGCAACACUACAAUCUGACCAAGCAGUGGGCCGACUAUCUCAUUGGCACUACGUUAUUCCCCAAUCACCAGUCCUCCGCCGGGGACGGCGACAGCAAUGCGAACAUGACUAACCUCGCGAUCAAAGGCAUCAUCGGAGUAAAAGCCAUGGCGGACAUCAGUCGCGUGUUUGGUGCAAGCGCAGAUGCGUCGUAUUACGACGCAUUCGCAUCGACUCUCUUCAACACGUGGAGCGCCAACGCGGUUUCGAGCAGUUCUGAUCAGCAUCUGCUCGGAAUAUACGGGAUGCCCGACUCUUGGUCGCUGAUGUACAAUCUCUACGCCGAUCGUUUGGCCGGGACAAACCUGGUUCCUCAGUCGGUACGUCUAGAACCAUUUCUGUUUACACGUUCCUUCCAAUUUCCAUCAGCUGGAACAUACGGCUUACCCAUAAGUUCCGACAUGAACGACGUCUGCAGCCUGCCUUGGUUGCUCUUCGCCUCUGCCACGGUCUCUCAAAGCGAUACGUCCACGAGGGACACCAUGAUAGCUGGCGCCUGGAAACGAGCGGGAUAUAAUGGGGCCCAAGGCGCGAUGGCGGAGUACUAUCAGUGUUCAUCUGGGAACCUGUCUAUCGGCGCGGGGGGUCCAGCGGUCGGUGCAGUGUACUCCCAUCUCGCUCUGAGGUGA